AUGAACUCGGGGAACGAUUCCUGGCACUCCUCUGCGGGUGGGCCUCCAUCACACCCUGGCAUGGAUCAGAUGAAUCAACAACCUCGGCCCUUGGGGUCAUUUAGCCAAAAUCCUUCUCAGCAAGGCCCGGCGUCGCAGCCCUCUGGCCCCGUCCUCCCUCCCCCAGCCGGUCCUUACCAUACCCCCGGCCAGUCGGGCGGCCACUCUCUCCCCGGCCUGGCCGAACUGAGCCAGAGCCACGGGGCUCCGCACCAACCUUCGAGCUAUGGGCCACACCCACCCGGGCCGUCUCAUGGCUCGGGCCAUUCCCUUCCCGGCAUUGGCCAGGCUAUGUCACACGCCUCUCCCCAGUCUUUGAACCGCGAGCGAGAGCGGGAUUCUAGGGAACGCGAGAUGCUUGAGCGCCAGCGCCAAGAAGGCAUGGCUCAUCGGGAGCGUGAACAGCGUGAACGGGAACAAAUGGAGCGCCAGCAGAUGGAGCGCCAACGGGGCGAUCAUCAUCCAGUCCAGAGCCACACCGGCUCUAUCCCUCUCCAUCAGCCUGUGGCCUCCAAAGUCCCCAACUCCAUCCACGGUCCCAAUGGCCUUCUGUCAAACCUUGGAGCCAACCCACCUAAUGGCCCACAGGGUAAUGUACAAUCCUCUGGAGGUCCAGGGGGCCUUUUUGGUGGCCCACAGAUGCAACAUGGUGAGGGAACACCACGCUCAUAUAUGCAGCAUCCAGGAGCGCCUCCGAUGAUGGGAUAUAACGGGCCAGGCCAGCAGAUUCCUGGAAAUGUUGCAGCACUAGCUCAAGGCCAACAGCCAAUCUUGAACGAUGCCCUUAGCUAUCUGGAUCAAGUGAAAGUAAGGUUUGUGGAUCAGCCUGAUGUGUACAAUCGGUUCUUGGACAUUAUGAAAGAUUUCAAGAGUCAAGCCAUUGACACACCCGGUGUUAUUCAACGGGUGUCGACUCUUUUUAACGGCCACCCGGCUCUGAUUCAAGGCUUCAACACCUUUUUGCCUCCCGGUUACCGCAUUGAGUGCGGCACCGAAGAUAAUCCAGAUGCAAUCAGGGUUACUACGCCAUCCGCUCAAAUGAACUGGGCCCCUCCGGUGGAGUUGGCCCUCACGGUCGUCCCGACUAUUACGAAGCUUCACGACCUGGAUGGCAACAACAAGCACAACAACCGCAAGGUCACCAGCAAGGUGCGCCUGGAUCGCCCUGCUCCGGAUCACCAUUUUGGAUUCCAGAACCAGGAGGCCCAGGGCGCCGCGGCAUUGACUCACCAACAAGAUCACCGCGGCGUUGCACAACUUCAAGGUGCAGCCUCUGCGGCCUCUGGUCUUGGAAGACCAUCCUUGAUGUCCGUAUCUGGCGCCGCAUCAAACGCCAGCUUGACUCAGCCGAUGAACAGCUUGGCUGGUGUAGGAGGCAUGCUUCAGGGAGGUCAUGGUGACUUGAACAAGCGUGGGCCUGUCGAGUUCAACCACGCAAUCAGUUACGUGAACAAGAUAAAGAACCGCUUCUCCAGCGCGCCCGAGAUUUACAAACAGUUCCUUGAAAUACUGCAAACCUACCAGCGCGAGUCAAAACCGAUCCAGGACGUUUAUGCGCAAGUCACUCAACUCUUCAACACCGCUCCCGACUUGCUGGAAGAUUUUAAGCAAUUUCUUCCUGAGUCUGCAGCUCAUGCGAAACAACAACAGCAACAGCGUCUCGCUGAGGAAGCCAUUCCAAUGAGCAAUCUGCGCGGUGAUCCAAUGGGUGGUCCCUCCCAGACUCCCAAUCGUGACGUGAAGAUGCCUCCCAUGGGUAAUUUUCCCAUUCCCGGCAAAGACUCUGGAAAGGAGAACAAGAAACGACGAGCCGGCCCUGGCAUUAGUAUCUCCUCUGUUUCUGGGCCCUCUGGUGUUGAUGCAGCUCGCAUGCCCGAUAAUAGGGCCGGGCCUCAGGCGGCUCAGUUCGCAAAUGGCAAUAAGAGACAAAAACAUUACCAUGGCAAGCCUUCUGGUGCGGAUAUUCCUAACGUCUCUCCAACUUUGAUUCCUGCGCUUCCGGAGCCUGUUCCUCCUAGUGUGCAGACGACCCCAAGCCAGGAAGAGAUCGCUUUCUUCGACCGUGUGAAGAAGUUCAUCGCCAACAAGCAAACUUUCAGCGACUUCCUGAAGCUUUGCAACCUGUACACAAACGACUUGAUCGAUCGCUUCGUCCUGGUCAAGAGAGCAGAGGGUUUCAUCGGCUCUAAUGCCGAGCUAAUGAGCUGGUUCAAGCGGUUCAUGAACGUCGAAGAACCCGAGGAUAAGACCAUCGACCCCAAGCCCAAGACAGAGGCGGGUACGGUCAACCUUGCGCACUGUCGGUCUCUCGGACCCAGCUACCGUCUCCUACCUAAGCGUGAGCGACAGAAGCCAUGCAGCGGUCGUGACCAACUUUGCUUCGAGGUUCUUAAUGACGAAUGGGCUUCACACCCUACUUGGGCUUCUGAGGAUUCUGGUUUUGUUGCACACCGAAAGAAUCAGUAUGAAGAUGCCUUGCACCGUAUUGAAGAGGACCGCCACGACUAUGACCACCACAUCGAGGCCUGCACUCGUACCAUUCAACUGAUUGAGCCAAUCUGUCAACAAUUUCUUCACAUGUCUGAAGGCGAGCGCGCCAACUUCAAGCUCCCUCCUGGACUUGGUGGUCAAAGUGAGGCUAUUUAUCAGCGAGUGAUCAAGAAGGUCUACGAUCGCCAGCGUGGUGAGAAGAUCAUCCGUGACAUGUUUGAGCGUCCGUGCCAGGUCCUUCCUGUUGUACUCUAUCGUCUGAAGCAGAAGCUCGAGGAGUGGAAGGCCUGCCAGCGUGAGUGGGACAAAGUCUGGCGCGAGCAGAUGCAGCGCGCGUACUGGCGCAGUCUCGACCACCAGGCUAUCGCUACCCGGCAAACUGACAAGAAGCUGUUCAUUGCCAAGAACAUCCAGCAAGAUCUCCAGGCUAAGUUUGAGGAGACUCAGACUAUGCGCAAGAGCGGGUUGACCCCUCGUAAAUACCAGGCGGAGAUGAAGUUCCGUGAUAUGGAUGUCCUCCUGGAUACCACUCAUCUACUCUGCUUGUACAUUGACCGCAGUACUUCUGGCUUUGGCGCGGAGCCUCAACGCUUGAUCAACUUUGUCAAAGAUUUCAUUCCUGUCUUCUUCGGGUUGGACCGUGAGACUUUCCAUGAUUAUAUGGAUGAACUCUCGGUGAGCGCUACUCCCGCCGAAGAACUUGAGGAUAACUUCCCUGGCGAUGAUGCCUCUAAUGUCAGCCGGAAGGUUGUCAACACGCAGAAGCUGGAUCUCUUGCGUGAUACUCUCGAGCGCAAACUGGAGAAAGGCGAUGAUUUGAACCAGAGCAAGGAAGUUGAAGUUGCGCCGGCCCUGCCUGUGACCACCCAGCUCGCUACCCCUGAUGUGCGAGCCACAUCUGCGGCUGUCUCUGAGCCUGAGGAUACCUUUGAUGUGGCAGAGCUGAAGUGGAUGGAGCACCCAGGAAAUGGCAAUUUCAACCUGGAGCGCGAGUACACUCUGAAUGAGACCUACAAGAAGACGGAGCACCAGAUGUACUGCAACCUCAACAUCCUCUGCUUCCUCCGGACUUUCGAGAUUCUCUACGCCCGCCUUUUGCGAAUCAAGGAACAGGAAGAAGAUGCCCACGAGCAGGUCCGCCGGGGUCUUCUGCCCAAGCCCGCAAACGACCUAUGUCUGAUUGAUCGCUUCCCUGGUGACUUCUUCUAUGACGUGGAUUCCAAGGCGAACCUGUACAAGCAGAUCGUACGCAUGUGUGAGGAGGUCAUCCGCGGCGACAUUGACCAGAUUCACCUCGAGGAGACGCUGCGCCGCUUUUACAUGCAGAGCGGCUACUUGAUGUAUAAUCUGGAGCGGAUCUUUUCUUCAAUCACCAAGUUUGUGGCGUCUAUCUUUACCGGGGACUCGCGCGAUCGCAGCUCUGAUAUUGCCAACCUCUUCUUCAAGGAGCGAGAGAAGGCAGAGACCACCCACCACCAGGAGAUGCAGUAUCGUAAGCAGGUGGAGAGAUUAAUCAAGGAUGGAGACAUCUACCGUGUAACCUACUUCACCAACGAUCGACGGGUUACCGUGCAAGUGAUGACCACUGAGGAGGCUACGUUCGACAGUGCAGACUUGAGCUCGGAGGCACGCUGGUCAUACUACGUGACGGCGUUUUCGAUGCGCGAUCCAACUGAGGGCGUCCAGUUCUCCGAGAUGCGCAUGCCGUUCCUCAAGCGCAACCUGCCGGGCAAGCUGGACGAGGACGAGGAGUACGACCGGUUCUAUCGGCCCCCCAGCCAUGACUGGUUCUGGCGCUCGUCUGCUCCACUUCCUGACAACGAUGCUGACCCGGAGACCAUCCAGGCCCGGGAAGAAGAGCGCACGAAGGAGAAGGCCGCUGUGCGCGAGAAGCGUCAUGAUCGCUUCGUUGAGAAGUUUGUCAAUAACCCUAGCUGGGCCCGUGGUUUGAGUAAGGACAAGGUCGACGAGUCCAACCAGCGUUUCCGCUCCUGGUUGAACGGUACCCUCGAGAAGGAGAAGUCUACUCCUGCCGAGGAAAAGGAAGACCCCACUGCUAAGGAGGACUCUGUGCAGAAGACCGAGCAGGCUGAUACCGAGAUGGCUGACGCCGAGCCGGCCGUCGCGGAGGCGUGA